AUAAAAUACUUUUUUUUUCUAUUUAUUAAUAAAUAUGUAUUUUAAUUUCGCAAAAUUAUAUUAAUUUUGAUGUUUUUUUUAAUGCAAACAAUUUUAAAUUUAUAAAUUAUUUAUCCACAUGGAAGGAAUAAAUAAAUUGUAACAAUCUUCAAUAAGUUUAAAAUCAUGAUUGAAUGGAUUGGAAUAAUUUGUUGCAGUUCCCUUAUUUCUUGCGUGUGCUCUCUAUUAACUACAUCUAUUUGUCUAACUGUAACUGGAGGAAAAUUACGAAGGAAAUCAAAAAAUCUUGCUAAUGAAAAAAGUCAAGAUGUCAUUCUAAAUAGUUCACGUGUCUCUAACACAUUGAAAACGAAUAAACUCGAUAAUAUUUCUCGACAAACGAGUCAAUCACCUAUUGUGUCUUCACGUAAACAGAGUUUUGAAAAAAACCAAUCAUCAUCAGAAUUUCAACAAAAAAGUGUUGAAUAUUUAAAGAAAAUGGAAAAUACAUCAAAAAAAGAUUUUUGUGAUAAUACAACGUGUAAAUAUUCAACAACAGCAAUUUCUGUUUGUUGUAAUAUUCCCACAGAAGCUGAAAUUCAAAAAAUAAUUGACGAAUUUAAUACUCUAUUUCGUCAAUAUAAUGAAAUAAUUUCAAAAAAUCCAAAACAAGAUAUUAAAAAUACACAGUCGUCAAUGAAAUUUCAUACAAAUAAAAUAGAUCAAAUAAAUGUUGGUGUCAUGACUGAUGAACAUGAAAAUCGAGAAAUUAUUAGUUAUAAAUCACAUUCAAAAAUUCGUAAAUGCAAAUGCACAAUAAAAAGACAUUCAAGCAAUCAAAGUGUUAAAACAAGAAAAAGUUGUAUUUGUAAUUUUAGAAAAAGUAAAAGUGACAUGUCAAUGAGAAAAGCACCAAGUUUAAAAAGUAUUAAUAAUUCAAAUUAUUUUGUAAAAUCACCAAUGUAUUCGAAGCAACAUAUUAAUUCAAAGCCAAAUUGGAUAUCAAAAACAAUGAAAAAAUUUAAGUCCAAAGAUGAUCGAAAAUAAAAAUUUUCAUUAAAUGCAAAUUUUCAUAGAAUAAA